AUGGCAGACUUCGAGAUCGUCGUCGCUCCUGCUCAGCGAAUUGUGACAAGUUUCACGCACAACAAAUAUCUUGCGCGUUCGACACGACGCCUCGGGGUUCACCAUACCCUUUUGAUCGCGAAUAAUUGUGAUCAACUUCUCGACGAUGCCCUCUCGAAAGGAGUGAACAAAAUCCAAGAUGCGCCAUUUCUAAAAGCGAAACGAUGCCUGAAGCAGUUUGAAUCACUUCUGAGAGCGCGUAAGGAAAACCUGCAUCAUCUCCGAGACUAUCGAAGACACAUCUUGGAGAUAGCAGGAUCUGCAUACAUCAAGCGCGAAGAGCAGACCAUCAAGCGGGACUUACGCGGCAAGAAUGUGGAAGCUGAUAUAAUCCUGGUCUCCGCCCGUCAAUACAGCUUGUGUCGAGAAGCACCAUAUGGUCCCGAGCCGCCUGUAAUUACCGCCAACAGCUAA